ACUAAGUCUUUCUCUCUGAGUCUGAGUCUCUCUAGCUCUCUCGUCUAGUCUAUGCAGAUCUUGGCCUACGAUUAGAGUACGAGGCCGAGGAUCUACAACGUCAUGUUCUACCUGCGGAGAACAUGACCAUCAUGCUGUGCGAUAUGCUCGGUACGAGUCGUACACAGAGGGUACAAAACUGAUCUCAAGCUGAGUGCGGUCGACGUCGUCCUACGUGUCUGUGUGCCGUCCAAUCGUCCAUUCAAUGGGAAUGAACUCUUCAAGUAUUAGUUGCCGAAGUGCUUUCCACGGAUUUUUUCUCCAGGCCUACGUUGCAAGCAGCAUGCUAGCAGCAGCAGCAGCAAGCUCUGUACUGUACUUGCGUUGUAGCUAGGUUUGUCUGCUUGCCUUGUCCCGCGAGAAGACGCCUGCAAUGGGUGAAGGAAGCAUGUCCCUUGCAGGACUGUCAGCUCUGCGGACGUUGCUGCUGCUACUGAUUCUUUUGCCCGUCCUCUGUAAAGGCAUAUGUGUGGAGAAUGGCGAGAGACCGGUGCGACGCCUCAAUCUAAACUGCACCGGCUCUCCGUUCGCCAGCUUCUGCUGCAGCAGUCCGUCAGAGGCAGUGAAUAGUAGCUCAUGUCUGCCAAGACCAUGGAGGCACAACGCCUGUCACGGUGGCUACUACGCAGGGGCUGACAACGCAACGCUACCGUGCCCGGACGGCUUCUUCUGCCCAGAGAAUGCCCUGUGUAUGGUGCGCUGCUCCGUGGGUGCCUACUGCAAGCAACACGUUGCUGUUCAGAAUGAGACUGGCCAAUGCUCAGCGACCAACUCAGAAACGUGUUGUCAGCCAUACGCGGGAAGUGAGAGAUGGGUGCAGGGUGCCAACAGUAACACGUCGAGCAACUCUAGUGCUGGGAGUUACAUUGCGUGUGGUGGCGCCAAUGCCGACCAACCGUGCCGUUCGGGAUUCUAUUGCCCAACACCGGUGGAGAGGAUACAGUGCCCGCAGGGCCAUUACUGCCGCGAGGGCUCGGACAAGCCACACGCGUGCCCUACACUGUCAUUAUGCAGCAAGAGUUCGAGUGCACCCAAGGCAAUAGCCAGCAGCCUGGUGGUUUGCAUAGCCGUGGCCAUGCUACUGGUUGGCAUUGUCGUUCUCUUCAGAAAACGGCAAUGGAUACGACACCAGAUCAUUGACUACCUGAGAGAACACAAUGUCAACAUCGACGAGAACGGAACAUACGAGGUGGUAGACGUGGAGGAGAAUAACGACACUGGUGUCGUCCUCAGCAACGACUGGUGUCAUAGCCCUCCAUGCUCACCAAGACGUACCGGAAUACAGCACGCUCAAGUCCGCAGCACUCAGACAUGGGUCACUAGCAGCAGUCAAGGGCAAUCGCUCACGGAACCCUCCGAUUCCCGUCGGCUGAGCGGAGAUGACGGGGAUGUGUUUGCUGAGCCUCAUGACCAACUGCCAGCAUCACCAGUUUCUUCCCUGCCACCACCACCCCCGCCACCACCACCCCCACCACUGAUGUCUUCCUUACCACCAUCACCCCCACCACUGAUGUCUUCCUUACCACCAUCACCCCCACCACUGAUGUCUUCCUUACCACCAUCACCACCGUCACCACCGAUGUCUUCCUUACCACCCCCACCGCCGAUGUCUUCCUUACCACCAUCACCACUGAUGUCUUCCCUGCCACCAUCGCCAGGAUUCACACUGAAUGUAGCAAGCUUUCUUAACCCGUUGUCAUUUGCUCAGUCUCCACCCAGUAAUGUGGUAUCGCCACUACAUAGCACACAUCUUAGUGACUCAAAUUCCCAGUCCAGUCUACCCGAAACGCAUAUAAAACAGCAGGAACAGCAGCCGGAGGAGGAUGAAGUGGAGAAAUAUCUCCAGGAGGUGCAGGAGCAGCAGCAACAACAACAAAACCACCACAACGAGCAGCAACAACAGCAGCAGCAGCAACAGCAACAACAACAACAACAACAACAACAACAACAACAACAACAACAACAACAACAACAACAGUUCCGGGAAUUAACUCGAGAGGAGGGCAGGGCUUCUUCUCGAAGCAACAUCAUCAAUCGCCAAGAACCACAUGUGCGCAUUCGAACUACAUCAAGCACAAUCUCUGUUCUCAUGUGGAUGGCGGGUGUGACUAAAAAAGAGACGGCCAAGAGGAGCAGUGCUGGAGACACAAUUGAUGGAAAUGCAAGUAAGUUGCAAGCCUACAGAGACGUGAUCAGGGCGAAGAAAAAACAGCAUACCAUCCAUCUCGAGUUCGAGAAUUUGUCGCUGAGACUCCACGGACGCCGCAAGAAGAAAGUUGUCGACAACGUCAGCGGCAGCAUAGAGCCGGGCAAGCUUACAGCCAUCAUGGGCGGCUCGGGAACUGGAAAGACAUCCCUCCUCAACUGUUUGUGCGGUAAGGCAUAUUACGCCACGAGCACGGGCGCGCUGCGAAUAAACGGCAAGGGGGCAAACAGCAUUGAGCAGUACCGGACCGUGCUGGGCUUCGUACCCCAGGACGAUGUCAUGCACACCGAACUGACCGUACACGAGGUGUUGAUGUUCCAGGCACUGCUGCGGUUACCACGUCACAAGACACGCAAAGAGAUUGAGAAAGAGGUCGGCGACAUUGAGGAUCUCCUGGGGCUGUCGAAAAUACGUGAUUCAGUUAUUGGCUCCCAGUCGGCAGCAAAGAAGAUCUCUGGUGGCCAGCGCAAACGUGUCAAUAUCGGAAUGGAACUUGUGGCAGACCCAACCAUCCUGUUCCUAGAUGAGCCCACCAGCGGUCUUGAUAGUGUCACCAGCAGAGAGGUAAUUGAGCUGUUGAAGCUCAUUGCCAGUGAAGGAAAUCUGACCGUUGUAACCGUCAUACAUCAGCCACGAUACGAUAUCUUUGUACAGUUCGAUAGCACCAUUCUGCUGGAGAAAGGCGGACGCAUUGCCUUUCAGGGUUCUGCACAAGAGGCACAGGAUUUCUUCACAUUCAUUGGCUACGACGACCGGCCGAGUCACACGAACCCCGCAGACUACUAUCUGGACUGUAUAUCUGCACACUUGGAGCGAAUUGAGAAGCGUCGAACGGACGGAUACACCAUGGAGAUCGACACGAUAGCAGACCUCUGGGAGGCUGAACAGAGGAGGUGCCCCAGACCGAAACUGGAAUUUCCGACUCAGCCGUUCAAACCUAUCCAGAGGCCAAUGAUUGCCGUGCAAUUCCUCUAUCUGCUUGUACGCUUCUUACUGCUAACGGUGAGGACCUGGUCGGUGUUUCUCCUAGACGCUGGUCUAGUAGUACUCUCUGGGUUCAUCCUGGGUGCUCUGUUCACCGAGAUUACGCUGGAGAAAUCACUCGUAGCCAAUGUCAUGACGGGAUUAGCGGUAGCGUUGACCGGCAUGAUUGCAGGUCUUCGCCCGUUCGGUACCAACGAGACCAGGCCACGGUUUUGGCGCGAGAGCUCGGCCGGCAUCAACCGUUUCGCCUACUUCUGCUCCGUCAACGUCGGACAGCUUCCCUGCAUUCUACUCUUGCCCGUUUUCUUCUUGUCUUUCUACUACCUGUUGACGUCGCCGCGGGCACCGCUCGGAUCCUAUUUCGUGGUGUACAUGUUCACGUACUGGGCGGCGACCGGCAUCGGCUACGUGCUCUCCACCGUGCUGCACCCUGAUAACAGCAAGAUGGCGGCCGUGGUCAUAACCCUCAUCUCGGCAGCCGUGUGCGGCACGGCAACCACGACUAUCUGCAAGCUCCAGUCCUACACGUUCGUCGGACCCUUUAUCUACAGUAUAGCAUACAGCAAGUGGUUCUCCGAAGCACUCUUUGAAAUCGAGGCCAACGAGCACUCGCCAAUUCUGAGAUACAACGUGGAGUUCUUAGCCGGCCUCAACGACUACAGCUUGGAUAACUUUGGAUUCUGUCUGACCGCACUGUUCAUCAUCGGCGGGGUCACACGAGUGUUGGCUUUCAUCCUGCUUGUCUUCAGACAUCGAGGCAAGCAGAAAUAGUGCUUCCCCACAUCAAGCUGAACAGACAGCUCUGAACAUAAUAAUUAUGAUCAACUGCAACACAGGCCUAGAAUGAGAUGUACACGUGUGCACAUGGAACGACAGAACGCUCAUCAUUUCCUGGACUUUUUAUUCAGAACUGAGCACCUUCACUGAAAGGUAGAGACACCGGUCUUAGAUGGUCUGUAAUCAACACCCAGCGCAUAUGGUUGUAAAAUGUCAAUGGACCGUCAGUACUUUUGGACAAGCAUGUCUUUCACCACUUCUCACGUGAGAUCUUCCAGCAGUCAUACGGAGAUCACACUUAACCACAUCUCUCUAUUUUUCGCCAUGGUUUCAAUUUCUUUAAGUCCAGUUGGUCAUCACACAUACGCAUGCACAUACACACACACACACACACAGACGCGUGGACACACACACACGCACGCGCACACACACACACAUACACACUAUGCCUAUGGACCUUUUGUCAAUUAUUAGCCGGUCCUCAGUCUGAUGACAGCGAUUCACUGUUUCAGCAGUCUUGCACAAACACCCGAAAACAACAGAUGAUGAUGAUGAUACGUGUCCUGACUUCAUAACAGUUGACAAGUCAAGAGGUUUCAUUCAGAUCUGCUGUUUUCCAUUGGAGUAGAUUUAGUACUUCCAAGUGUUUCUUAUCACAGUCCAUGCAUGCAUGGCUGUCUCCACCUAGCACAGUCGACAACACUUAGUCCAGGACACAUGUAGACUAUCUGCUUGUACAUCACUCGAUCAUGCCUCUCAAUCCCGCUUUAUAUCGUGUCCCAUCUAGCCAUCUAACGUAUUGACAUAUGCUCUUAUAUACAUGUAAGAACCUGCGAAUAUCUUCAAAUUUACCAAA